AACCUUUAAAUUCUUUUAAACCGUUUCUCCUAAAGAGCAAAGAGCAAAAUCAUUAAGCUGUUUUAAUUCUUCGGUUCUGUUGCUUACUGCUGCCUGUGUAAAGGUCUAAGGAAAGAAACUACAGUCUGCAGAGCCUGUCUCUCUCUAUCUCUCUGACUUACUCUUCUUCAAAUUUACUUUUGUGGGGGAAAAUGAAGGUUUUAGGUGAAAGAGUAACGAAUAGAACCAUAAGGUUCUUCACAGAUUCCACCUUCCUCAUCUCUCUAGAGACCUAACAAAGCUCACUAAAGAAAAAGCAAAAAGAAAAACUUCACCUCUCUGUCUUUGCUUCAAGAAGAAGCAGUCUUCUUUGGUCUUUCUUCUUAUAUUGUUUGUUGAGUAUUUCUCUUCUCAGCUCAGUGUUUUAACUAAUGGCCGAGUCUACGAUAGAAGUGAAGCUAGUUCGUUGUCCAAAGUGCAAGAAUCUCUUACCAGAGCCUAAAGACUGUUCCUUCUUCCAGUGCGGUGGUUGUGGAACCGUUCUUUGCGCCAAAAAGAAGGACAGUGAAGCAGAUCCAGCCCCGGACAAGUCAGUGAAAACCAGACUUAAAGAAACUGAAGUUAACUCUUGUUCAAGCGAAGAAGAAUCUGAUUCAGAUGAUGAUUCAUCAAGACACAACCAAACUGGUCAAACAGAUGUUCCUUGUUCAAAACUGAAUGUUGUUAGCGGUUCUCAACCUGGUUUGGAUCGGUCGUUCAGAUUCUCUGCUCCUAACUACUUUCAAGAUUCUGUGUCUAGUGAUGAAGCAAUCCAGCAAGACAGAGCUGAGCUUGUGAAAAAACUGGAUAAGCUAAAAGAACAGCUUCAUCAACCUAAAGAGCAACAGAUCCCAAGGUCAUCCAAAAAGCCUCCACUGCGGUUUCCAAGCUCUGGUAAACACCUUGCAGGUCCUUAUUACCAUCAAACUCAUCACCACUACUCUAGACAGUAUACUAGCAACAACGGUCAUGAUUUGUUUAACACACACCAGAGAAAUGGAAUGAUGCUUCACCACUCAACUUGCUCUUGUUCACACUGCUAUGAUCCAUACCAUAGAGCUUCAGGCUCAGUUUAUCCUCCCUCAGGGCUCCCUGAUGCUCUUCAUAACAUCGGUUUCUACCCUUACGAGAGAAGCAAUGCGUUUCCUUCUCCAUUGGAUAGUCCUAGAGCCUUUAUACCUCCUCACCCUCCUGCUUCUCAAUCUCGUGGUCCCAAUGAACUUGUGGACGCGUUAAAGAAUGCUAUAUCUCGUGUCCGCCUCUCUAAAGCUGCAUCAUCUUCAGGUUGUUCUCGCUUAGUCCACCCUGUAGCUGGUGGUGCACCAUUCAUAAACUGUAAAAAGUGCUCCAAGAUUCUGAAACUGCCAGACAAAACAGAUUCAUCUACGAGAAAGCAACAGAGAAUGCGCUGCGGAGUGUGUUCUUGUUUGAUAGAUUUCUCCUUUGCUAAUAAUAAGAAACUCAUCCUCUCAACUGAUCAUGCUUCAGCAAGAGGAGAAGAAGAAGAAGAAGAAACUCUCAGUAGGCUGCAUUGGUUAACUGCUCUUGACAUCUCUUCUGAUGCAACGGAUAGAGGACCAGACUAUGUAUCAACUGGUCCUGCUUCUUCUAGCUUCUCUGAAGACGAGCUAAGUUCAGACAGGAAACUCAUUCCAGAUUUUCCCUUUGACUACUCUUCCAUCAAUGCAAGGGACCGGUCUGGUGCAAGGAGCCAAAGCUCUCGUUCAGAACAGAACAGGGUGACACUAAGCAAGACAGUCAAGAGACAGAACUCUAUGAAAGAAGCUUCGGUUCUAAUCGAGAUGGAUGUUAAUGACUACUCUCACAACAAUGGAGUGUCUCAAGACUCUGCAGAUGAAUAUAUAGAAGAGGAUGGAAGAACCAGGAAGGGUGGAUUCGCGAGUAUGGUGAAAAGUAGCUUCAAGGAUCUAAAGAAGUCAAUGCAGAACGAAGGGGGAAGUGAUGUUUUGGUGAAUGAGCACCUUGUAGCUGAACGUCUGGUGAAAAUGGCGGAGAAGCAAGCUGGACCAAUCCGGCCUGGAAACUACUGGUAUGACUACAGAGCUGGAUUCUGGGGAGUAAUGGGAGGUCCAUGUCUUGGAAUAUUACCGCCUUUUAUUGAAGAGCUCAACUACCCAAUGCCAGAGAACUGUGCUGGAGGAAACACACGAGUGUUUGUGAACGGAAGAGAGCUUCACGAGAAAGACCUGCGCUUGCUGAUUGCCAGAGGUCUCCCUAGGGACAGAGAUCGAUCCUACACUGUUUACAUCACAGGGAGAGUCAUAGACGAAGAUACAGGUGAAGAGCUAAAGAGUCUUGGCAAACUCGCCCCAACGGUUGAUAAGCUAAAACGUGGGUUCGGGAUGAGAGUUCCAAGAAGAUAUGCAUGAAGAAAUGUUCACAAGCAUUCUAAGUUUAAAACUUUGUACUUACUCUAGAGAGCCUUGUUAUCAAUCAAUGUGCAAAAUGAAUUAUUAUUAUUAUUAGCAACAAGAAACUUAAAACGGACACAAAA